CGGAUUUGUCUGCUAUACAUAAAGUCGUGGCAUCGGAUUUGGACGAGGGUGUCAACGGUGAAAUAACUUAUUCCAUAACUUCCGGUAACAUCGGUAACAAAUUCAGCAUCGAUAUACAUUCUGGACUUUUGAGCGCGAGACCACUCGACAGAGAAGUUCAUUCGAAAUAUGUUUUGGGUAUAACGGCUCAGGAUAGAGGAAAUCCGACGUCUUUGCAGGGUUCGUGCAACAUAACGAUCGUCGUUGACGAUGAAAACGACAACGAUCCACAAUUUUCACAGCAAAAAUACACGGCAUCCAUACCUGAAGACAUUUUACCAAAUUCUGACGUUCUCACCGUACACGCCGUUGAUGCUGACACUGGAAUAAAUUCAAAAAUAUUUUAUUCAUUGGCAAACGAAACUCAUUGGCUAUUUAAAAUUGAUAAUAAAACUGGAGUCAUAUCAACAUCUGGGUAA